AAAGCAAAGUGAAAGUAGUUUAAAACACAAAUGUGCAAGUUUAGUUUAACGUCACAUUUACGCAUUUUUGUUUUGUAUAGUGUAACCAAAUUAAGUGCGUCUAAAAUGUAAUUUUAUUUAUUUAUUUGAGCGGCUCUUAAACCGGAAGGACUGUAGCGAACAUAACUGUUACGUAUUCUCUAUCAUCAACAAACAUGGCAGGGUUAUAGUGUGUAGGUUUAUAACAGGUCAAUAACAGGACAAAGUUAACGAGAAUUGUUUAGUACUUUUUUUCCGGAGUCGUUACUUGUAACAAGCAGAUUAACGUCUGGGUCUUUGCUAGAAUGUACACUUUUACAAAAGUUAAACUAGCUGCUGUCGGUAUAGGGCGACAGUGUUUUGCAGUGAGGAGGACGCUUAAUGGAGCGCGAGCAGUGAGCAGAGGAUUCGCGUGCUCCGCGAACGAGAAGGAAUCCAGCACAUCUGAAAAUGAGUUAUAUGACAUUAUAAUAUCCGGCGGGGGUAUGGUGGGCACAGCGAUGGCAUGUUCACUGGGUCUGGAUCCAAAUUUGGCUGGGAAGAAGAUUCUUUUGCUGGAGGCGGGUCACAAAAAAGUGAUGGACAGUGUGCCUGAGACCUACAGUACAAGGGUCAGCUCCAUCAGCCCAGGCUCAGCAACACUUCUUAGUGGUCUUGGUGCUUGGGACCAUAUUGUCAAAAUGAGAUGCAAGCCAUAUAAUAAAAUGCAGGUUUGGGAUGCUUGUUCGGAUGCCCUGAUUACAUUCGAUAAGGAGAAUCUGCAGGAUGAGAUGGCAUACAUCAUUGAGAACGACGUCAUUGUGGCCUCUCUCACUAAACAGUUGCAGACCCUCUCUGACCAUGUUGAUGUGAGAUACCGAACAAAAGUGGUGAAAUACACCUGGCCCAGACCAUACCACAUGGCUGAAUCCAUCCCUUGGGUUCAGGUGACACUGGCCAGUGGAAAGACUCUCCAUACUAAGCUGUUGAUUGGUGCCGAUGGUCCGAACUCAAUGGUUCGGAGAGAAGCUGGCAUCCCUACUGUCAAAUGGAACUACGACCAGUCAGCUGUUGUCGCUGUUCUGCAUUUGUCUGAGCCCACAGAAAAUAACGUGGCCUGGCAGAGGUUCCUUCCCACUGGACCCAUUGCAAUGCUUCCUUUGUCAGACACGGCGAGCUCACUAGUCUGGUCCACCAGUCAUCAGCAUGCUGAAGAACUUCUGCAGCUGGAUGAGGAAAGCUUUGUGGAUGCCAUUAACUCUGCAUUUUGGAGUAAUGAGAACCAUUCUCAGCUGGUAGAGACUGCUGGCUCUCUGUUUCGGACUGCAAUGUCUGUCCUGAUGCCUGACCGUGGUUCUGCACGCCAACUUCCACCUAGCGUGUCAGGAAUUGGCCCAAAAAGCCGGGUCAUGUUCCCACUGGGUAUGGGUCAUGCCACAGAGUACAUUCGUCAUAGAGUGGUCCUCAUUGGAGAUGCUGCACACAGAGUCCAUCCUUUAGCAGGCCAAGGUGCCAAUCUAGGCUUUGGGGAUGUAGCCUGUCUCACGAACGUUCUUAGCCAAGCAGCAUUUAACGGAAAAGACAUCGGAGCCAUGCAACACCUGUUGGAGUACGAAACUGAGCGUCAGCGACACAAUCUUCCCAUGAUGGCAGCCAUUGACCUCAUGAAGAAGCUUUACUCCACUAACGCUGCACCUGUGGUUCUGCUUCGAACCUUUGGCCUUCAAGCUACCAAUAUACUGCCACCUCUUAAAGAGCAGAUCAUGGCCUUUGCAAGCAAGUAAAGACUAGCUGAAAUUGGAUGUUUGCUGAUGCUCUUAAAGAUGAUGUGAAGACUUUGUUCAUGGAGUGUAAAAGUGUAAAUUAAUAAAUUAUAUUUUAUUCCUCUGUC